AUGCUGCUCGACAAGGACAGGAUACGGCUGCUGAUCCUCACAGAAGCGACGACGUGCUUACCAGGGCAGCACGUUACCGGCAUCCUUCGCGUCGAAGUUUUGAAAGAGGUGUCAGUGACGGCGAUUCGCCUCAUGGCCCGCGGUCAGGAGGCGGUCUUCUUCAAGGCCAAGAAGGACCGCUUCACCAUCACACGGCAACAGUCCUUUGUCCACUUCGAGCACCUCAUUACCUUCUUCGGUUUCUCGAAGGAGUGCGGCCGCCGCGGUGGCGCCUCACUCGCGCCAGGGAUUUAUGAGUACCCGUUUGACUUUGAGAUUCCGGCAAGCGCGCCACCGACGUAUAACUGUCACACAUCCGCCGGAGAUGCUGAGAUUGCCUACGUACUGCGCGCCAUCGCUGACAUUCCGCGCGGGUUUGAUAAGAGAACCGAGAUUCCUCUCUACGUUCUGCCCACCAUCGCCAGCCAGCAGUAUGAGCAGCUGUGCAGGACGGACAAGACACUGGUGACGCGAGACAUCCCUCUCGCUGUCGAGCCCGGAUGCUUUGGCCGCAGCAGAGACCCCAAGGCGAGCGUCACGUUAUCCGCCUCAGUGCAGGCUGUGGCGCUACUCCCGUGGCGUAGCUGCGGGAACACCAGCCCUGCCUCAAGCCCUACAGCGACGAACUACCUCAAUGUGCACCUCUCUCUGAUGAACACCAGCCUCAAGACACCCAUUCGAACGGUGCGGGUGACACUAAGCCAGCAGCAGCACCUCAUCGCGCAGGGGGACUCAUAUAACACGAUUCAGCCGAUCGUGUCGGUGGUCGUCUCGCCACCAGGUGGUGAGCUCAUCCCUCGUGCCUCGGCGGCUCUUGACGUGAAGCUGCGCCUCCCUAGAUCGCUGCGGCACCUGUCAAAGAUGCCGCAACGCGUACCGUUGCCGACGCUGGCUACACCCUGCAUCCAGACCAGUAAUCUGCUCACCAUUAGCUUUCCCGGACUUGGCGCUGAUGCGCUGGUAAAUAUGCGCGACGCGACGGUGAUCGGAGCAGCUGUGGACUACGAUAGGAGAGUACCGAUGAUACCGUGCUUCUACACAAUGUCGACCAUUCGUCCAGAGGAUAAGCUGGGUGGUGAGUAG